UUUCCUCUUUCUUUUCCCCUUUGUGGUUUGAUCAAGGGAAGGAAACGAAGGAGCCGCAGCCUCCACGAUCCGUCUCUUUUAAGUAACGAAGAAGAGAGAGAGCAAACCCUCGUUUACUCCCCUCUGUAGAUGAUUCUGUGAUCGAUCCAUAUAUGUACCUGACGUGAGACGAACGCGAUUGGAUCUUCUUGCACCCCCGCUGUUAAUCCCUCAUCGGAAUCUUUCUCCGUCGAAAACCGCGAAAUUUCAGUGGUUUUCCGGUCAAGAUUGGUCCGUUUCUGCCCGUUCUUGGUUCCAUCCUUCGCUUUCAUGGACCUUCUUUGAAUCCUGAGAAGUUCCCUCUUUUUCGGUUUCUUCUUUUCCGGAUUUGGAGCUCGUCCUCUUUGCCUUGGUUGGCGAUUGAGGAUUUAGGUUUAGGGAUAGGAGGGCAGGACUAGAGACGCCUUCUGUAGUGUUCUGGAGAUUGGUUUUAGGGUUCCUGUGGCGUGGGUCUUUUCGGCUGCUGAAGCGUUGGUGUUGCUUGUUGGGGGUCGCCUCCCUGUUGAGACAAAAAAAAGGUCAUGUUUUUAUCUCGAAUUGUGAUGAUUUAAGGGGCCUGGCUUUGGUCACGGGUUGAGACAUGGAAGAGGACUGCGCUUUAAGAUUCAGGUCGAUUGUUUCACGCCGAUUCCAGUAGAUUGGUUCAUCGAUUUCUGCAGCGUGUCGUGUGUGUUUGGUGGCGGGCAAUGCUGUUCUAGGAUGGGGUGAUCUUGAUUCUUUCCGGUGUUUGUGAUCUUUAUCUUAAUUCCUUUUUGGUACGAGUGUUGACGGAGUCUAUUAGGUAUAGAUUGUUUUACAUCCAUUUCGUAGAAUUUUCUGGUUUCCUUGAGUGAUUGGUGGUGGUAGUUUGUGUUCAGAGCAAUGAAGUGGUUCUGAAUCUGGAAAUGUGUGUGAGGACAUGGUGCAGAGGCAGGAGUAUUGGUGGUGGUCCGUUCCCAUACUGGAACAGUUGUUCUGGAUGCUAGUAUUUCUAGUCAACCAACACUCACCGUGCAAUGUCUCGCUGCUUCCCCUAUCCUCCACCAGGAUUUGAAAAGAAGACGAACGACCACGUAGGCUUACUAGCUGAGGAGAAGCACAGAAAGAAGCAUAAAAAGGAGAAGAGGGACAAAGAAAAGAGAGAAGGCAAAGAGAAAAAAGACAAAGAUCGAAUUAAAGAUAAACACAAGGAGGAAAAAGAUCGAAAAGGAAAGCAGAAAGACAAGAAGAAGGAUGAGGGCACGGAUAAGAGCAGGAUACCAUAUGAUAGGUCUGACAAAAAGAUCGUCUCUCUCCAUGAAGACACAUUUGGAGAGUGCAGCCAGAAGAGUGAGGAAAUUAAACAUUAUAGAUUUACUGAGGAGUUGGACAGGAGGAUCAAAGAUGAAGAGAAGGUGGCAACAAAUAGAAAGAUUGAGAACUUCAGUAAUCCAAUUGCAAAAGGCAUUGGUAGCUUGGGUGCUGCUGCAUUGGUUAAGGAAAGAGCUGCGAGUGAUAAAACCAUUCCACCUUCCAUGGGUGCUUCACAAAGGAGAAAUGAUGGUUUGGAAAGACCAGCUGGCAAAUAUAUUGUUUCAACUCAAAGAAGAAAUGAGGGGCUGGUUUCUGCAGGUGCGGUGCCGAAGGAAAGAACUACAAGUGACAAGUUGGUCCCAGAAGUUGCUAGCACAGGGCAACGAGGGAAUGGUGGUAGGGCAUUACCAGUGGAGAAACCAGUUGGUUCUGUUCAAAGAAGAUUUGAGGACCCAUCCCCUGCAAAUUGUUUGGAAAAUGAUAAUUACAAGAGUAACGAAGUUGCCUCAUGUUCUAGUAGUGUGGUGCGGAGAACAACUAAUGGAAUGGGCCGACAAGCACAAAUCUUUUCCACUAAUAAAAAUGUUGACUCUAUUGGCCUUGCAACUAAGAUGGAUGACCGAAGAGAAUCUAACAAAAUCAUUCAAAACCAUGACCUUAUGGAGCAAAGAAGAAUUGAUGGGAUGGACCGAUCAGUGGAGAAGGGUGCAGACAACAGGACGGAGGAGGGGAAAGCGAAGAAUAAGGAGAGGGAAGCUGAUGAUAGGAAAGAAGAGAGACACAGGGAUGGGGAUCAUGAUCAGAAGAAGAUCAAGGAUAAAGAUACACAUAAAGGGAAAAAGAAAGAAAAGGCGAAAAUAAAAGAGAGAGGCGAACAGAAACAUAAAAAACAAAAUGAGCCCCAAGAUGGCAGGAAGAAGGAUCAGUUAGAUAGUCACAAUCUAGAGCCUUUAGCCCCUCAGACAGAUGAUGCAAAGAAUUACCUUAUCAAUGACAAUGUCAAGAAGAGAAAGGAAAUUCAUACAAAUGGCUUUCACAACGAGAAUAAUUUGCUACCUAACAAGUUUCCGAGAGCAAACACUUCCUCUCACCUUUGUGAAGAGAAUGGGUGGGCACCGGAUUCGUCCCAUGUUGCUACAGCAUACCCUUCAGUAAAACCUGAAGCCAUAAACACCAUGCUCAUAGGAAAACCUGUAGAUAUUAAGGAACAGAUAAAAAAUGGUAUCACAAAAGUUCAGCCAUCAUCCAUUGGCUUUACGCAAACGGUUGCUGCAGAAAGUGGUGCAACUAGUAAAAUUUGUACAAGUCCUCACCCGGAUUCCAUGUAUCUCAACCAACUAUACUCCAUUCCCAAAGUGGAUGAAUGGCCUGAGCAUGACGACCAAGAGUGGCUUUUCAGCAGUUGUCACCAUCUGCAACAGCCAAAACCGAAGCUGGAGACCAAUGAAGAACCCCAGGUUUGGUCUGAGGCAUUAAGAAUCAAGUCAGAGGAUGUUGUUGCCCUGCCUUAUGUCAUUCCUUUCUGAUACCAGAUAUUCUCAUUAUACUUGAAGUGCCUGAUUUACCUUGGAAUAUCCGGCAGCAUGAACAUAUAGUUGAUUUGUGCAUUUUACUGCCUUGGGUUUCCAUAUGCCUGUUAUUUCUGGCAUGAGCACAAACUUGUAGUUUGAACGUACUGGUAUCCUUGCCUGGGCCAAACGAUAUGGGUCACUGCUCUUGGCAUAUCCAAAGUGGGAUGGCUCUCGACUCGUGGGACUCGAUAAACUGGCAUUUCAUUCAUUGAAAUCUGAGUUUUGAGUCAUUUCCAGUAGAAGCAAGUUAAAUAGACUACAGUAUUCCAAGUCCAUAAACUAGAAGGGAGCUAUUGCCAGAUCAUGGAGUUCUGAUCUUGCUGCACUGUGCACAAUUUUGAUAUGUAUUGAUGUAAAUCUUUUCAUUAAAGAGAAGCUAAUGAAAGAGGCUGUUAUCAUUCA